GCCGCGCUGGAUGCGCAGCUGCGGAAGUUGGAACUGGGACUGGCGUACCUCCUGCCUCAGCUGUGGGCAUGCGGCGCCGCCCUGGGCCACGGGGGCAACGCUGGCGGCGGAGAAGCCCAGGGCCGACAAGGGCGGCUGGGUGGACCAGCCGAGGGGGCGCAAGGCCCAGCGGCAGGCCCGCAGCGCUGCUUCGCGAGCGGCAUCCGCCAAGUCGCAGACCUCGGCUUCAGCGGCCAGUGGGGCGCCCAGUGGCGGUGGAGUCACGGCGAUCGAGAGGCUACAGGCGACGGUCGAGCAGCUGGAGGCGCUGCAGGCAGGGCCGCCCGAGGGCGUCGACGGCAGCUUCGCCGGCGUCGUGGCCAGCCAGCUGGAGUCGAAGCGGGCUGAGCUGGCCAGGGCCCAGCAGGCAGCAGCAGAGCAGAAGGCCGCCUCCAUGCCGAGGUCGACGCUGCUGCACAAGGAAGCCAACGCCAUCAGUCAGUCGGAGAAGCGGCUCCGCGCAGCCCGCCAGGACAUGGAGCAGAAGCAGGUGGCGCGCGACCUCGCGGAGGCCCAGCUCCAGAAGGCCCAGGAGGCGCUGGCGGAGCGGGAUGGCGCGCUGGAGGAGGCCAGCAGGGCGCUCCAGGUCCUUGAGGAAGCUGCCCGUGAGGAGGCGGAGGCGCGGGAGCGCCAGCGGGCAGCAGAGCGGGCAGGAGCUAGCCAGGUCCCAGGGCUCCUCCCGCAGCUGGGCAAGCUGCCAGAGGCUUGGGCCCCCAGCAACUUCGAGGUCGCCCGGGCGGCCAUCCGCGCCCAGAUGGAGGCAGUGCGAGCGCAGCUGGCUGGGCCCCCCCUGGCCCCCACGCAUGCGCCGCAGGCGGAGUCCUGCCCCAUGGACGAGAUCAGCAGCGACGACGGCAACGACGGCAACCUCGCAGGCAGCGGCGGCCCCUGGCUGCCCCAGGCCGCAUCUGAGCGCGGCCAAGCCGAGCGGUACGGCAACACGCUCGGCGAGUGGCCGCAGGUGGCGCAGGCCUGCAAGCGGGAGCUGGCAGCCGAGGCGGCGGACCUGGCCCCUUUGGCUGCUCGCCCCGCUGGCCACGCUGCUGGGGGCAAGGGCACAGGGGCCAGCCCCAGCAUCUUCGCAGCCUGCGGCGACAUCGAGCUCUCCGCGGGCGUGCCCUGGCUGGAGCAGGGCAACUCCGACAUGGAGCCAGGGGCUUUUCAGGAGCCCAGCCGCGUGGAGUGCUCUCGUUGGCAGGUGGAGCCUCGCGUCUGGGCCUGGGAGGUGGGCCCCCACCAGUGCGGCCCCAAGGAGGCGGCGUGCCAGUGGAUUCAGGUCGUCGUGAGCACCUUGGUGGGGGUCCACGGCGUCAACGACAGUGACCUGCGCGAGUCCCUGGGGCAGGCAGAGAGGCCCAUGGCGGCCAGCGCGGCCCGCGGCGCGGUGAACAGGCGCGAGUGCCGCCACGGAGAGUCGGCCCCCGCCCGCGCCAUGAGCCUGGCCCUCGGGGUAGUGCGGCAGGGGCGCGCAGCUGACUGGAAGCGGCACUGGCAGCCCUCGCGCGGGACUCGGUGCUUUUGGCAUUGGGGGCAUUGGCUGGAUGAUGUUGAGGCGGCUACCACAGCAGCCCGCGUGGUAAACGAGUUCGGGUCCCUCGAGUUCGACACUAGCGAGAGGGGCGAUCUCGGUGGCCAAGCUGGAGUACUUGAGCGCCCCGAGGCAAUGACAGAGAAGUGGGGCCCGCUGCAGCCAGGCGGGCUGCCGCGCGGGAGGCGCGGCGUGGGCUCGGAGGAGGCAGCAGCCAGGCGCGCCUGCGGCACCGCAGGGGGGCGCUGUGCCUCGCCCACCGUUGCAGUCGUGCAGCCCCUGGUGCAGCGCGGCUGGUACCUCGAGUCGGAGCGGCGCAAGGCGCUGCGCAUCAAAGAUGGCGGCGGACUCGACAGCGAGCAGUGCGUAUUUGGCUCGGCCCCGGGCGGUGGGGGGCCCCCGCCUGCUGACGGGAUCGGCCAGGCGCAGUCGGCGGCGGCAGCGGGGCCCCAUCAGGCUGGAGAGGCUCUCGGCGGCGGCGCCCCUGCCACGCGGGCCCGCCUUGUGGGCAGCAGCUCGACGGGGAGCGGCGCGGCCGCCCUUUCGGCCGCCGCUGUCGCCUUCAGCGUCCUGGGGCACGUGCUCGGUCACGCCUGCGCGGGCGAAGGCGAGGACACCCGGGAGAUCGUAGCGUGCACCAGGCGUGGCGCCUACAGAGUGCUGGGCAGCCGCGCAGGUGGCAAGUCUCGCCUGAGGGCGCAGUGCCCAGGGCCCAGUCGCCUGACGAACAAGUCGGGCAGGAACCAGCGCAGCCUGCGGGAGCGAGGGCUCCAUCCUGGUGGCAGGCUGCGAGCGGGCAAGCAGGGCGUCAGAGCAGAAGGCACCCCUGCCUUGCGCUCGCAGGGGCCAGUGCCAGGGCCCGCCCAGGAGCGCUACCUGCAGUGGCUUGGCAUGGAGGCGGAGCGCUCAGGCCCGAGUGCGGGCGCCCUCGGAACUGGCGAAGCCGCAGAGGAGGAGCUCGCAGCCGCGGACGCCGCGCCAAGCGGCGGCCUGAUGAGCCGCAGGGUCCGCCGCCGCCUGGCGCGCCGUGGCUCGACACAACUGGAGCUCUACCUGGAGUGGCUCGGCAGUGAGGCGGAGCCUACAGGCGGAGCCUCGACCGCGGCCGGCAGCCCGAGCAGCGGCCCAGCGGCUCCCGCGGCUGAGCAGGCAGUGGGGACGGCGAGGCUUGCUGCCGCGAGCAGCACG